AUGGCCUCCGCAGCAGUUCAAACUCCCACCGGAGACGCCUCCACCGUCCCCUCCAAACCCACUCCCUCCUCCACCUCCGGCCCUCACCACGCCCACACCACCCUCAACUUCCUCAGAGAACUUCCCGAUGGCUCCCACCUGGCCCCAACCUACGUAGGCGUCCCAAGCAGCUACGACCGACCCAGCAUAUCCAUCCCAGUGACCAUCAACGACGUGAGCGGCCACGAACUCGACUAUACGCUGGACGGCAACGGCUUCCAAUUCUACUACCACACCAGUGCCGAGAAGGACUUUCUCGACGACGAAAAGAUCAAGCGAGAAUAUUACCCCGAAACCGAGCAACUCUUGAAAGACGCAACCAACGCCUCCCGCAUCUUCAUCUUCGACCACACCAUCCGCCGUCCCCAACCAGCCAACACACCGAGCUCCCAACUCCGCGGCCCCGUGAACCGCGUACACAUCGACCAAUCCUACCGCGCCGCCAAAGACCGCGUAGAAUACCAUCUCCCGGAGGACGCUCCCCGACUGCUUCGUGGCCGAUACCAGAUUAUUAAUGUGUGGCGACCCAUCAAGACCGUGAGACGCGAUCCACUAGCAGUAGCGGACGCCCAUACCGUCCCGGAUAGCGAUCUCGUUCCGACGAAGCUAAUCUACCCCAACCGCGAGGGCGAGACAUGUGCGGUCAAGCCGAACCCCGAGGUCAAGUGGUAUUAUCGGUAUAGACAGGGUCCGGAGCUGGUGACGUUGAUUAAGUGCUUUGAUUCGAAGACGGAUGGGCGGGCGAGACGCGUGCCGCAUAGUGCGUUUGAGUUGCCGGGGACGGAGGGGGAGGAGGGGAGGGAGAGUAUUGAGGUUAGGGCGUUGGUGUUUCAUGAGGAUGAUGUUACUACUACUGUGUAA